AUGGCACCUCUUUUCUACGAAACCAGCAGUCAAUUGGCUGUAUCUGCCGAGAACAACGAAGGCGAAUGGAGUGUGAAGAUUGAGAAAGCUGAAAAUCCAGAACCAGCCUUUGUCCCGGUUUCUAAGGAAGACUUGGCCAUCGUAAAGUCUCCUUUAUACGUCUUGGACUCAGUGAAGGCUGGAAAGGGCCAGGCCAAUGGCAUAUACUCGAAGAUUUUAAGACCAGUGUUUGAUGAAGUGCUCCAAUUGAAGCAUAAGUAUAUCCCAACGACCUCUGCAGACUCCAUUACCGAGUUUGCUGGUUCGUUGAAGCUGGAUGAGAAGGUCACUGUGGCUAUUCUUGGAGGAGACACUUCGAUAAGCGAAUUUGUCAAUGGAUUGGCAGGUAACCCUAACAAGGGUAACAUUGACUUGGUGGUAGUUCCAACGGGUUCCGGUAAUGCGUUGGCGCUUUCGCUUGGCUUGAAUGAUCUUCAUACUGCCCUUCAGAAACUUUUCACUUCUAAAGAUACGGCUCUGGAGCCGUUGAAUAUUUACCUGGCCAGGUUGCCUGAAGGUACAAAGAACCUCUUCCGUGGUGAGGAAAUUUCGCCUGCGCCGGCCCAAUUCUACUUUCUUGUGGUCUUUUCAUGGGCUUUCCAUGCAUCUUUGGUUGCAGACAGUGAUACAGAAGAGCUUCGGAAGCACGGAAACGAGAGAUUCAGAAUUGCCGCUCAGAAUAACCUCCAUAGACCUCAGAAGUACGAAGGGAGUGUCCUGGUAGGUUCCAGAAAGACCGACGGGCCGUUUUCAUACUUGGUCAUCACGCCAGUCCAGAAUUUUGAACCUGGCUUCAGAAUUCUGCCUAAAGGUAACGUACAUGAUCUGUCACUUUAUGCUCUUUCAAUUGGGUAUGAGCAUGAAGAAGAACUUUCUGGAAAGUACUUGUUUGAUAUCAUGUUAGAGGCCUACGAUAAUGGCAAGCAUAUUGAGAACCCAAAGGUUACGUACCAAGAGGUUCCCGAAGGGAAAAAAGUCGUUAUCAAGGGUCAAAACCUCAUUCCACAGGAAAAUAGACGUUUCUGUGUUGAUGGCGCCAUUAUUCUGCUUCCUGAGAAGGAGGAGUCGACGAUUGAAGUCAAACAUGAGGGUAACAAGGUUCAUGACUGGCAUGUUCGUGUUUUUGCUUAA